AUGGAGCACAACCUGAAAAAGGAACCGGAUCCUUCACAAAAGGGACUGCUGCAGAGUGAUGAGUUAUAUCAGUAUAUCUUGGAGACUAGUGUAUAUCCCCGUGAACUGGAGCCUCUCAAGGAGCUAAGGGCCGCCACUGCCAGCCACCCAAGGUCUCAGAUGGCUACUGCACCAGAUGCAGGUCAGUUAAUGACUAUGCUGUUGAAGCUAGUAGAUGCAAAGAAGACAAUCGAAGUUGGUGUUUUCACCGGAUACUCUCUUCUCCUCACUGCUCUUACAAUUCCUGAGGAUGGCAAGAUUGUAGCAGUAGAUGUGAAUCGUGAGGCAUAUGAUCAAAUAGGGUUGCCAAUCAUAAAGAAAGCUGGUGUUCAACACAAAAUUGACUUAAUUGAAUCUGAAGCCCUACCAGUUCUUGAUAAGCUACUAGAACAUUAUGAAAAUGAAGGCAGUUUUGACUUUGCUUUCAUUGAUGCCGACAAGGUGAACUAUUGGAAUUACCAUGAGAGGCUAAUGAAGCUGUUGAAGGUGGGUGGCAUAGUUGUCUAUGAUAACACCCUCUGGGGAGGAACAGUUGUAAUGCCUGAGGAAUUGACUCCAGAAUACAUGAAACAAGGCAGACAGGCGACUAUUGAGCUUAACAAGUUACUCGCAGCCGAUGCUCGUGUCCAAAUUUCACAUGCUUCUUUGGGUGAUGGGAUCACAAUUUGCAGGAGAAUUAACUGA